CAACAGGAAAGACGUUGCGAAAAUUGCGACUGAUGUAUUAAAUAAAUAAAUUCUUUCAUAAAUAUCUAGGACUAGCGGUAUGGAUGAUAAUCAAACCCAUAUUGAAGCUGACAUUCCGAAUUCGGAGCCGACUAUUGAGACGCAAGUGGAGGUAGAUGCUUCCAAUCUCGUGUUGAACCCGUCGUUCCACAUGCAGGGCGUUCCGAUGAAUGGCGACAUGGCUGGUUCAAGCUUAAGUUCAUGCAUAGGAGACGAAUUUAACGAUGGUUCCACCACAGACAAUUUCGAGGAUGUGGGUGCUCCAGACAACAACCAGGCUCUUGCUGUUCCAGGCAUACAGAUGCACGAAAACCCAGAGCCAAGCUCUUCAAAAAAUAUCGAACACAUCCAAUUUUAAAGCUAAUUUGCAGCCAACUCGUCGUCGACGCACCGCACCGGCCUACUUCAAUGAUCCGGAAUCAAUUGGAGCGCGUGUGGCCAAGCGUGGUAGAGGCAGAACUGCCCCUAUUGAAUUAGCUACGCCCCUAGACGUAACAAACUUCAUUCAGGAUGUGGCCGUUCCAGACAAC